AUGGAGUUAGGACAGGAGGAUGACGAAAAUUUUGGCUCAAGCCUGGCCGUUAUCAUGCAUGGCAACGUGGCUGCUCAAGUCAUUGAAAACCGUGGCACCGAACACGACUCUACUCGACUCGUGCCUGAUGUGAGCAACAGAAAUCCUUCCAAUCUAAACUCUUUCUUAGAGAAGGUAUGCCUUUGUAUCGGAGCCCUGUGCUUGUUCAUAUUAUAAAGAUGUAGCCUGGGAAUAAGUUAGCCUGAUGUCUGGCCAGCUGAGGGUGAUUUUGGGUCGAAAAACUUCGAGUUCGGGUUUAGGAAAAAUACCAAUACUAAUAUCUCACCGCAAAUUUGCACUAACGCGAUGAUUUUUGACCCAGAGAGGCAUCCUGUUCUAUCCAAAGAACUACCAAAUCCGGUAAUUUCUAAGAUUCUAAGAUAUGUAACGUCAUACUUCUUUACUCCAUUGAUGCCCUCAUGUGGACUGCCGAAUGACACAGAUUUGCAUAGGUUUACGAACUAGUCUAAUCCUUGAACUCGUCUGAACACAACCAAAACCAAACUAGCUGGUUUUUUGCUGGAAAAAUUCGCCUUGACUCAUGCGGUCAUUGCCUUUGUUCGAUUAACUGUGACAUUUAGACUAGAGCAAAGCGGAAGUUUUGAAAUUGGACUCCAGACUUGACACAGUCUAAACACCUUCCUGUAGUUAAGAAUUUAUUUUUAAGUAGCUGUAUAUGAAAUGGAGAAAUACUCUGAAAGCCGUUGUUUAUAUUUAAUGGUCAUUAAUGCUCUACUUUUCUGUAAGCUCCUGAGAAGUGGGUAGACAGGGUUGUUAAGAGGACCGCAUGCAAAUUAUCAGCUGAAAACCACUUCCGACAGGAGUGUGCUCAAUGGUCCUUACUCACCGGGCUUACUAAUUUCCAAGGAUUCUAAAAGACGUCUUUCAUACCAUUCUGUACUAGUGCACAAGAUUCUAGACCUGUCCUAGAAAUAGAUUAGAGCUGAUGCCUUGAACAAAAACAACCCAAAGUUCUUUUCCUUCUAUUACGUUCUGGUGAUGGCUUUCAAAAACAAAGGUAAUUUACGUCAGUUGCGAUAGUGAAUAUUCGCCCUAAUUAUAAACGGCUAACCAACCAAUCACUCAAGCGGCCUUAAAAAUUUAAAUUACCUUUAAAAAAAAUAGCACUUUCUUUACUAACUAAUAACACUGAAUACUCCGGAAAAUUGACAACAAGCUUUGAUUAACCGGCUUGCGGUAGAAAUUUUCUAUCGAUUAACGGGUAACAUCUAACCUCGCUCGAAUCCCGGCCAGGGAUUAAGGCUUAAGGCUUUCUUUUCGCAACUGCAUAAUUAGCGUAUUUACAUUGUGCACCUGUGAUGACCUGCGAUGAUCUUCUCUGCAGUUAUUUCUUCAUCGCGCGGCUCAAAUAUAUGAAAUUUAUAUCUUCAUCAUUUCAGAGACUAUUAUUGUGCAUGCGAUUCUGAUUAUUAUGAUGAUGAUGAUAAUCAUAAUGUAAUUUUCCUAUCCCAAAGCUUUGUGCUCUGAAAUAUUUCAUCAAAAUUUCCAAGCAGUUUUUGUAUUAUUGUUUAAUUAUCAAGUUAAAAUUUUUUUACCAGGGAAGGGACAGAGAAGUUGCAUGAUUUGCAUUACUUGGAGGCCAUCCACUCCUCCCUCCUCCUCCCUUUACGGGGUUCGCAUACCAGUCUUGAAAAGUCCUUGAAUUUUAGGGGGAGUCCUUGAAAAGUCCUUGAAUUCCAUUUUUCCUUGAAAAGUCUUUAAAUUUCUGUGCAAAUCCUUGAAAUGUCCUUGAAUUUUCUUCAGCUCCGAAAGUAGUGGCCUGAAAAGUGUUUUUUUUUCAAUGCUUUUUGGUUAUCCAAGACAAGAUACAAAUUCUAGCUCAGAGAAGUUAAAGAUUUUAUAGAAAAAUGUAAAGGAGUUAGUGGAGGAAACAGUUCAAGCCUUAAAGUUCUGUGAGGAUGGACUGUGAAUAUGCACUUUUGUACAACCUGUGAAAUUACAUUACUAUAGGUGGUCCUUGAAAAGUUCUUAAAAAAUGGUUGCAAUUGUUUGUAUGAGUCCUCAUUUAGCUGAGUCAGUCUGAUCUUGGGGUCUGUUCACUAAGUAAUCAUAACUUCUCAAAACGCAACUUACAAAUAAACUGGAAACUUGUCUUCUUAUUGUAUUGUAGCUCGAGUUUACUGAUGUGAUUGGUGAACCUCACGGUUUUCGUUCCCACGACUGUGUUUACAGCUACGCCUUUCGGACGUAUAACUGGGCCAAAAAAUGCUGCUAUUUAUUCCUGUCGCUCCUGUGUGGGGGUCCCCUGGCGCUCUGUUGCGGUUGUUACUUUGCUUGUCUUGGUUUUGAGUACAUCUGGUGUAUAACUCCGUGCACAAGGGCGCUGCGAAUGCAUAUAGAGUUCGUAGGGGAGAUAUUUGGCUACUUCAUCAAGGAGUUCUGCAAUCCUUGCUUUGAGUCGAUUGGAAAGAUUUUCUCAGGAAUUAAAGUUAAAGACGUCACCGAAACGGUUUGA